CUCCCGCCGCCGCCGCCCGAAAACACCCCCCCCCCGCAACCCCCGGAAAAUCUUUAGCUGCGAGGAGAGGGAGUGGAGAAGCUCGGUGGCGAUGGCGGGGACGAUCUCUCGCGUCCGCCUCGAGAAUUUCAUGUGCCACUCCAGCCUCCACAUCGAGCUCGGCGACCACGUCAACUUCAUCACCGGCCAGAACGGCAGCGGGAAGAGCGCGAUCCUCACGGCGCUAUGCGUUGCCUUCGGCUGCCGCGCCAAGAACACCCAACGCGCCGCAUCGCUCAAGGACUUCAUCAAGACCGGCUGCAGCUAUGCAGCAAUUGUUGUUGAUAUCAACAACCAUGGGGAAGAUGCGUUCAAGCCUGAAGUAUAUGGGAACUUAAUUAUAUUGGAACGCAGGAUUAGUGAGUCAAGUAGUUCUACAGUUUUAAAGGAUCAACAUGGGAGGAAGGUGGCGCAUCGCAAAGAUGAUCUCAAUGAAAUAAUUGAACAUUUUAAUAUUGAUGUUGAAAAUCCUUGUGUAAUUAUGAGUCAAGACAAAAGCAGAGAAUUCCUACAUUCAGGAAAUGACAGGGACAAGUUCAAGUUCUUUUUCAAGGCUACUCUUCUUCAACAAGUAAAUGACUUGCUUGUUACAAUAAAAGAACACCUGAACAAUGCAGACUCUAUUGUUGAAGAUCUGGAAAAGUCAAUUAGGCCAGUGCUGAGAGAACUUGAUGAACUCCGAGAGAAGAUAAAGAAUAUGGAACAUAUAGAAGAGAUAGCGCACGAGAUUGAGAAUUUGAAGAAAAAGUUGGCCUGGUCAUGGGUUUAUGAUGUUGACAAACAAAUUGAGGAACAAGCAGUGAAGCUUCAGAAACUCAAAGAGCGUAUCCCUGCAUGCCAAGAACGUAUUGAUCGAAAUGCAGCCAUAAUGGUGGAACUGAGGAAAGAAUUUAUUGAGAAGAAGGAAAAUGUCAGAUCUUUUGUGGAGAAGACACAAGAAGUAAGGAGGAUGAAGGAAAAACUGGAACAUGACAUUGGUGAGGCUGUGAAACUGAAGAUGGAACUAGAGAAAGAGCAUGCACGUGGUACACAAGUGUUAAACAAAAUGAACAACCGUGUGAAACAACUUCAGGCGCAAGUUCAUGAUUUUAAGCUGCAGCGUAUGCAAGAAACUCAGGAUGAAGCAUCUCAAAUUGAGCAAGACAUGCAGGAAUUACAACAGGAAAUUAACUCUGCUCAUUUAAAUGUUACAAGGUUAAAAGAGGAAGAAAAUAAAUUGUCCGAAGAAUUACGGGGCAUUAUUAAAGCCAUCGGUGACGUCGAAAAAGAGGUAGAUGAAGGUGCAACAAGGAUUCGUUACCUGAAAUCUCAAAUGCGAGAUCUUCAACAACGGCAAGGCAAUAAGGUAACAGCAUUCGGAGGAGAUAGAGUACUGCAGCUCAUGAGAUCAAUAGAGAGAAACUGCAGUAGAUUUAAAAUCCCACCUAUUGGUCCAAUAGGAGCUCAUCUGCAACUUGCUAGCGACUCCUGGUCUGUUGCAGUUGAUUGCGCAUUGGGGAGGCUACUAGAUGCUUUUAUUGUCUCAUGUCAUAAAGAUUCACUCAUUUUACGAGAUUGUGGGAAAGAAGCAAACUAUCGAAAUGUUCAAAUUAUUAUAUAUGACUUUGCUGAACCACUAUUGGACAUUCCAGCUCAUUCUCUUCCAUCAACAACACACCCAACGAUACUUUCAGUUCUUCAUUCAGAGAAUCCUACUGUACUAAAUGUCUUGGUGGAUCUGGGUCAUGUUGAAAGACAAGUCCUAGUUAAAGAUUAUGAAGUUGGCAAGUCUGUUGCAUUUGAUCAUAGGAUACAAAAUCUGAAGGAUGUAUAUACUUCUGAUGGGUACAAAAUGUUUUCUAGAGGUUCUGUUCAGACCAUUCUUCCUCCAAACAGAAAGGGUAGAGCUGGUCGUUUGUGCACUUCGUUGGGAGAAAGGAUAGCAGAAAUGGAGAAGGAAGCUACUGGAAUUGACCAAAUAAUCAAAGAAAGGGUGGGCUGGGGAAAGGAGUUAGGUAGUGAACGAAAAGACCUCGAAGAUAAAGUAAAAACUUUGAAGAGAAAAAGAGAAGAUGAGGAGUGGCGUCUGGAGCAUAAAAAAGUGCAGCUGGAUGACACCAAGAGGAUUUCUGCUAACAAUAGUCAUGAGACUGUUGUGGAUACCACUGAACUAGAGGCUGAAAUGAUGCAAUUGCAGGAAGACAUUAUGAACAGAAAAUUAGUUCUGCAAAAAAUUGAUGUGAAAUUAACAGGAGCUUUGCAAGACGAGAAUAAUCGGAGGGCUUCUUACAAGGACUUUAUUGAUUCUGCAAAUGUUGAGAUGGGGUCUAUUAACGAAGUAGAGCAUGAAUUACAGAUUGUUGAAGAGAAAUUACAUGCAGCACAGCAGGAAAAGGCUCACUACGAGGAUGUCAUGGAAAAGAAAGUUUUAGCAGUUAUUAAAAAUGCUGAAUCAGAGUACACAGAUCUUCAGCAGCUUCGUCAGGAGAACUACAAGAAGGCUUCAAUUAUAUGUUCUGAGAAUGAAGUGGAAGCUCUGGGGGGUGUUGCCGGAUCCACCCCAGAACAACUAAGUGCUCAUAUUAAUAAAUUGAAACAGAGAUUCCAGCAAGAAAGCAGAAGAUAUACCGAGUCCAUUGAUGAUUUGAGAGCAUUGCAUAACAAAAAGGAGCGUAAAAUCCUAAGAAAACAACAAAUGUAUGCAGGUUUUAGGGAUAAAUUAAAUGCAUGUCAAAAGGCAUUGGACUUGCGAUGGAAGAAGUUCCAGAGAAAUGCUGGUCUUUUGAAGCGGCAGCUGACGUGGUUGUUCAAUGAACACCUGGGAAAGAAAGGUAUCAGUGGGCACAUCAACAUAGAUUACAAGAAUAAAGUUCUGUCAGUUGAGAUCACAAUGCCUCAAGAUGCAUCUCGCGAUACUGUUAGAGACACUAGAGGACUUUCAGGUGGAGAACGAUCUUUCUCAACUCUUUGCUUCACCUUAGCUCUUCACGGAAUGACAGAAGCACCAUUUAGGGCCAUGGAUGAGUUCGAUGUAUUCAUGGAUGCGGUGAGCCGCAAAAUAAGCUUAGACACCCUUGUAGAUUUUGCUGCUGCACAAGGGUCACAGUGGAUAUUUAUAACCCCUCAUGAUAUCAGCAUGGUUAAGCCUGGAGAUAGGAUCAAGAAGCAGCAAAUGGCCGCCCCUCGCGGUUGACUAUCACUGUGUUGAGUACCUUGUAUAUCAUAGCCUUAGGGACCAUCUUCGACUUGGAGUGCAUCUGCUUGGAACUGCUACUUUGAUAUUCCGAUUGUACAUAGAGUAUUUUGGAGCGCAAAACUUGGUCAAGGAAGUGUCUACAUUGCUAUUUAACGUGAUCCCAUAUGUAAGACAAUGCUAACGAGUGACAGAUGUCUGUCUGAAGAUACUUGAUCGUGGUCGCAGGUCUUUCAACAGUCCA